CCCAUUCAUUCCUCCAUUUCUCAAUUCAGAUCUCAUCUUCAUUUGAAAGAAAUAAAAACAACAACUUUGCUCCACACAAUGGCCAAGAAUAACGCCAAGACUUCGGCUACUCCGCAAACACACACUAAGCCUACCUCUCCAAAGGCCACAGGUGGAUUCAGUGUCAAAACUCUCUUCCGAGAUCUCCUAUUGGUCAUAGUUCUCAUUGCUGCCUUGAGUUACAACUUAAUCAAAGACCUAGUGGUUGAUAGUGGUGUUCUCCUGGGUGACAUACAACCAUUCAACACAGAGGGUUGCAAGCCUCUUGAAGGUCUUGAAGCCUGUGAGGACAUUCAUAUCCAUCAUGCCUCUAGUCUUGCGUUUACAACCUGUGGAAACGCAGAGGCUCGAAAGGGCUGGUAUCCACCUAUUGACAAAUUUAAUUCUUCGACAGAGAAUGCUUUCCAAGAUGUGUUUGUGAUCUAUGACAUCCCUUCUGGAAAGCAUCAAGUAAUGGACUUGGUUGGCUUUCCUGAGGGAGCUGAUCGUGUGUUCCAUGGAUUAGGGAUCCAUGAGCGAUCUGCGACAGACCUCACCAUUUUUGCCAUCAACCAUCGCCGUACCGGAAGCGUCGUUGAGGUACUCGAGUACUCUAUUGGUGACAAGGCCGUCCAGUACAAGGAGACUAUCCAGCAUGAGCUCAUUCGCACUCCAAAUGACAUUGUUGCAUUGGGGCCUCGCGAAUUUUAUGUUUCCAAUGACCAUAAGUAUCUAACUGGCCCCAUAAGACGUGUUGAAGAGCUGCUUCGACGCCAAUGGAGUAAUGUGAUCUACUAUUCACCUGAGAAGACAUUCGUUGCCUUUACAGGCGUCGCAAGUGCCAAUGGUAUGACUAGCAACAAAGACAAUUCGCUUAUCUUCCUCUCAGCCUGCCAUGGUGCUGGCAUGCAUGUGCUCAAGCCUCAAGCAGACCACACACUUAGCCAAGAAGAGUUUGUCAAGUUUGACUUCUACGUUGAUAAUCCUUCAUAUGACCCUGUGUCUGGUGAUAUCUUUGUUGCGGGCCAUGUCCAGCCCUACAAGAUAGUUUUGGUCUCUCCUGAGCCCGGAAAACCUAUCAUCGGGCCAUCCAAAGUCGUAAGAAUGUACAAGAACCCAGAGACUUCAUCUACCGCACCUAAAUAUCUCAUUGAAACUGUACUAGCUGAUGAUGGACAUUUCAUCUCGACAAGCACGGUGGCAGCUAUUGACCGCAAACAUGAGACCAUGUUGGUUGGCACAGUUUUCACUGCACAAAGUUUUUUCCGUUGUCCACUUCCCAAGGGGGCUUAAAAAACCAGAAACGCCUGAGUCAGGCACUUUUAUAUAUAUCCUUAUAAAUACUCAUACCCUCGAUCUGCUCGAAAGGUCCUAUUGUUAAAUAAUCAAUGAUUCUAAACAUUAAAGUGUAAAGA